GCUGAGUCAGCUGAAUCAAACCGGAAGCAAAACCAGCAGCAGCCUGAUCUCGCGCUGCGACCAGCUCACUUUAUUCCACUCUAACAAUAAAAACAUUCAUUUAUUUUAAUUGUGUUUUUCAGCGGGAAACCUCAGUGAGAAGCUCCGUCAGCGAGCAGCGAUGAAGAGGAGUCGACUGCUGGCCGUGCUGGUGGGCGGGGUCUUCUGCGUGGCGGUGAUGUCACUGUACCGCAGGCUGGAGCUGAUGCAGGGGGCGGAGCUUCAGCAGCGCCUGGAGACACCUGAUGGACAGGGGGACGACGAUUUGUCCCGCCUCAAGCAGAAGAUUGACAGGUUGGAGCGUCUCCUUGGCGACAACAACCGUCUGGUUGUGGAGCUGCGUGACUCGCUGUUCCACCACAAAGCAUCAUGGAAAACAACGAGAGGAGGAGGAGGAGCCAAUGUGAGCUCAGACUCCGCCCACAGCCGAGCUGCCGAGCUGCCUGGCUGCCGAUUGGCCAAAGAGAUGAAGGGCGGAGCCGACGGAGUGCAGCUGCUGGACGUUUACGACCUCCUGCCGUUCGAUAAUACCGACGGCGGCGCCUGGAAACAAGGUUUUGAGAUCAGUUACCAAGGCAACGAGUGGGACGAGCAACCGCUGGAAAUUCUUCUGGUUCCUCACUCACACAACGACCCCGGCUGGUUGAAGACGUUUGACCGUUAUUAUGACGACCAGACGAAACAUAUCCUCAACAACAUGUUGAUCAAGCUGACUGAAGACAGCAGGAGGAAGAUGAUUUGGGCAGAAGUCAGUUAUUUCUCUAAAUGGUGGGACGACAUCGACGAGCAGAAGAGAGAGAUGGUCAAACGCCUGGUGAGGGCGGGUCAGCUGGAGCUGGUGACGGGCGGCUGGGUGAUGGCCGACGAAGCAAACUCUCACUACUUCGCUCUGUUGGAUCAGCUGAUCGAGGGACACCAGUGGAUCCAGCGACACCUGGGUGUGAAGCCGAGCAGCGGUUGGGCGGUGGAUCCGUUUGGCCACUCCCCCUCUAUGGCCUACCUGCUGAAGGGGGCGGGACUUAGCAACAUGAUCAUCCAACGCGUUCACUACGCCGUCAAGAAGCACUUCGCCCGGCAACAGACGCUCGAGUUUCAAUGGCGACAGAGCUGGGACUCCUCCCCCCGCAGUGACAUCACGUGUCACAUGAUGCCGUUCUACAGCUACGACGUACCGCACACGUGUGGUCCGAACCCGGCGGUCUGCUGUCAGUUCGAUUUCCACCGCCUGGGGGGGCGGGUCUUCUGUCCAUGGAAGAUACCGCCGCGGCCAAUCACAGAGCAGAAUGUCGAGGAUAGAGCUCUCGUCCUGUUGGAUCAGUACCGACAGAAGUCUCGUCUCUUUCGUUCUCCAGUUCUUCUCGUUCCGCUCGGCGACGACUUUCGAUUUGUGGAGUCCACCGAGUGGGACGCUCAGUUCAGCAACUACCAGAAACUCUUCGACUACUUCAACCAACACCCGGAGCUCCACAUCAAGGCUCGUUUCGGGACUCUCUCAGAUUACUUUGAAGCUCUUCAUCGGCGCUUGAGCGCGGCAGGAACGACUCUGCCGACACUUCGCGGCGACUUUUUCACGUACGCAGACCGUGACGAUCAUUACUGGAGCGGAUACUUCACCUCCAGACCGUUUUACAAACGCCUCGACAGAACGCUGGAGGCCACGCUCAGGGCGACAGAAAUCCUCUUCAGCUUGACGUUGGCUGAAAUGCGUCGUUUCAGUGGCGACGGUCGUCUGGCGGCAGAUUAUCCGGUGCGCGAACACUUCGAGCGUCUGACGACGGGGAGGCGGAACCUGGCGCUAUUCCAGCACCACGACGCCGUCACCGGCACAGCCCGCGACCACGUGGUGGUCGACUACGGCACCAGGUUGUUUCACUCCAUCCUGAACCUGCACCAGGUGCUGCAGAGCUCCGCCCACUGGCUGCUGCUAUUGGACAAGAGCCAGUACCACCACGACCAAUCAAAACCCUUCAUGCAAAUGGAUGAUGUGAUGUCAGCGCAGGACGCUCUGCCUCAGAAGACGCCGCUCACGCUCAGUGAUGAGCCCAGGUCACUAGUGAUCUUCAACCCGACGGAGCAGCUCCGAUCGUCCGUCAUCAGCGUCGUAGUCGACUCUGUGGACGCUCGUGUUGUCGACGCAGAAACUGGUCGACCAAUGGCUGCGCAGAUCUCUGCGGUGUGGGCGGAGCCGAGUCGGGCGUCCACACAAUCCUUCCAGCUCGACUUCGUGGCCGAACUUCCUCCUCUGUCACUCGUCGUGUAUCAUGUGACCAAAGUCUCCGAUGGCUCCGCCCAACGGGCUCGGUACACCUUCCAUCGCCGCGGCAACCCGCCGACCAUCCAGACCGAACACUUUCAAGUGUCCCGCCCAGAAGGACCUGAGGCCGACGCCCCCCUGUCGCUUAGCAACAAGCACAUCCAAAUCUGGAGCUCCCCAGAGACCGGCCUGCUGCAGAAGCUCCGUCUGCAGUCCGGUCUGGUCCGUCAGGUCCAGGUCCAGUUUCUGUGGUACGGGACCAGAAAAAUCCGGGACAAGAGCGGAGCCUACCUGUUCCUGCCUGGGGAGGAGGGGGCCCAGCUCUACUCGUCCUCAGAGCCCCCCCUGGUUCGGGUCUCCAGAGGUCCGGUCUUCUCUGACAUCACUUCCUAUUUCCAACACUUCACUCACAGAGUGCGCCUCUACCACCUGGACGGGCAUGCUGGGAGAUCCCUGGAGAUUUCCAACUUGGUGGACAUCAGGUCAGAAAACAACCAUGAGCUCGCCAUGCGGCUCAUCAGCGACGUCGCCAACGGCAACCGUUUCUACACCGACCUCAACAGCUUCCAGAUGCAGCAGCGCCGGACGCUGUCGAAGCUCCCCCUGCAGGCCAACUUUUACCCGAUGACCUCGGCGUCGUUCCUGCAGGACGCAACGUCUCGUGUGUCUCUGCUGUCGGCUCAAAGUCAGGCCGUCGCUUCACUCCGACCAGGUGAGCUGGAGGUGGUGUUGGACCGGCGGCUGCAGCAGGAUGAUAACCGUGGACUUGGUCAGGGCAUCACCGACAACAAGCUGACGGCGAGUCUCUACCACCUGCUGCUGGAGGACAGGAGGGGCGGGGCUCAGGAAGUGGGAGGAGCCUCAGUGGAACACCUGUCACUGCUCGCCCACCUGACCUCGCUCUCCCUCUGCCACCCGCCAAUCACCAUGGUCGCCCCUAGCGACAGCGUGGCGCCGAAGCUCCGCCCCUUCCUGCCGCUCCGCUUGUCGCUGCCGUGCGACGUUCACCUGCUGAACCUGAGGACGCUGGAAGACUCGAAGGAAGCAGGAAGUCCGUCACAGGAAGUGGCUCUCCUCCUCCACAGAAAGGGUUUUGACUGUAGCUCCGCCCCCGAGCCGCCGCUGCAGUGCACGUGGAGCGCGCACGAGGAGGUGAAUCUGGAUGAUCUCUUCUCUCCUCUUCAGCUGCGUUCGGUCCGCCGGUCGGGUCUCACUCUGCUGCGAGACGACGACGAGCCGGAGCAGCCGGCGCCACGCGUCACUCACCUGCGACCGAUGGAAAUCAGCGCUUUCCGCGUGGAGAUGGACUAAAAGACAAGAACGUAAAAUGUUUCCACUUUUUUGAUCACUGACACCACGAGCCAAUCAGAACCUACUAGACUGCAGAUAUACGAAGGAUUAUCAGUUUAACACUCAAAUCUAAACUGAAAAAGGCAACUUGAAAUGUUAAAGAUGAUUAGAAACUACGGCUGUCU